AUGCCCGAAUUCUGCUCAAAAACUGACGAUGACACUGAGGCUGCUGAUACUUUCUAUACUUUUUUUAUCAAAAGUAUCGACAGUUACCCUCUUACUGUCACUCCGUUCAGCGUCCAGUACAAUGGUGAUUGGAAUAUCGAGGCUUAUGGGGAGCUUAUGUCUGAAAAGACAACGUCCAUAGGAUGCGUAUGCUGCAUAUGCUUAGGAAAUUUUUCUCUCCUAUGUCUCGCUGACUUACCCGUUGCGGAAAACUCCAAGGAGUUUAAGGCGGGAGAUGUCAUUUAUACAGUAGCGGAAUCGACGGUAACAACUACAACAGCGAUCACUACAGCAGCUUCUACAUCAAUGGCAACCACGACCAGUAUGCAAACCUCGAUUCCAACCACGACCAUUAUGCAAACAUCGUUUUUAACCACGACCGCUACGCAAACCUCGAUUUUAACCACAACCACUACGCAAACCUCAAUUCCAACCACGACCACUAUGCAAACAUCCACUAAGACGAAGAAAUUCACCACGAUCACAACAACACCCAAAUGUGUUGUGACCACAACGCCUAGAUUUGUAACUACCACAUGCCGGCGUCCGGCGAGGAAUCAAGCAAGGACUAAGCGGGAAGCAACAGCUGAAGAUAGAGAAAAGCAACUUUUCCUUCCAAAUUCCCAGAUCUGUCCCAACAACAAGGGCAUGACGGAUACUCUUAGACUGUUGUUUUUGGAUAUGCAUAAUUACCGAAGGUUGGUACUAUCAUUGGGAAAAUUGAGAAGAAAUGGAGAAAAUUUACCACAGGCCAAGAAUAUGUUGAAAUUGGUGUAUGAUUGCGGUCUGGAAAAGCUGGCAGUAAAUUACGCAAAACGUUGUCCCUUAACGAGGCUACAAAAGCCUGGGAAAGUGCACCUUGGUGGAAACUAUUACAGAGUGAUGAAAGUUGAGAAUGCAAGCUUAGUUGAUGCUGUUGUCACGUCAGUAGAAUCAUGGUGGAAGGCAGGUGAAACAACACAUCUUGGCCCGUCCGUAUUUUUCCAGAAGAGCUAUCUUCAUACUCCUAUGAAGUCGUUUACUCAGAUGGCAUGGGCAACCACAAAGUAUCUGGGAUGUUCUGUUGUUGAUUGUCAAUCAUCGUACGUGUGUGUUUGCAAUUAUUCACCAAGAGGAAAUAUCGUUGGUAAGGGUGUGUAUCAACCUGGCCGCAGCUGCACUGAGUGUGGCUCUGGAACCACCUGUGAAGCUGAGGUGGGACUCUGCGUCUGAAGUUGUGUGACCG